GUUUUGAAAUCAUCUGAUCGCGCGUCGUGGUCAYUAUACACGUUGUGUAACAUGGCUGUGAUAUGGUCGUUUUCGGCCAUUAUAGGAGGAUUCUUUAUUGGAGAAUUAGCCAGACUUUUACUCAAAAAAUUGCUUACACGUAAGUCGCGCCACUAUCAUUACGCGGGCGAACUGAUAUCYGCAUUUGAGUUUUCUGCGGCUGUGUUUGAGAUCGCUGUCAUCGGGAAGUACUAUAGCACUGCCUUGGGAUUUGUCUGCAGUUUCUUUCUCCUUUGCCUUAAAAACACAGAGUACAUUCUUGACGGCUUAUCAGCUAACCCGUGUGGCCUCCUUGAAGGUGUUGUAAAACGAAAUGCUCGAAAAUCUUGGAUGGUUGACUUUGUUACUAAAGUGUGUUCCCAGUUGACUGGCGCUUUGCUUGCUUUUCCAUUCAUGCAGUUUGUAUGGAAGUCAACAUCCAGUGAAUUGCACUUCAAGCAACUGAAUCAGGGUUUAUCGUCAAGCCUCGAAGUACCUCUUUUUGUUGGUUUUAUYGUKGAAAUAACAACAACGUUUUUAUUGACGAUGACAGAUUUUUUGACUCGAGGUGGCCUUCGACUUUUCAAUCCAUAUAUCCGYGCAAUUGCUUGCAUCGUUAUAUGUUAUGCUUUGACUGGAACUACAGGAGUCUGGAUGAACCCAGUUUUUGCAACAGUCCAUUCCUUUCUUUUCACCAAAGCAARAGAAGAUGUAAUAGAACAUGUUUUCGUAUUUUGGGCCGGYCCAAUUGUUGGGACACUGAUAGCAAUAAGCAUYGACUCAAAAGUACGAAGUCCAGAAAGAAAACCGACACCAAUUUCCAAAACCAUUCGUAGAAAACUAAAUAAACAGUUGUCAAAGAAUGGUAUUGCAAAUGGARCUCAUUCAAUGAAUGGAACUGUUCAAAACUGUAACAAAUAUGAACAAAAACAAACUUUCUCAAAGAAACAUAAAUAACAUUUUUCAUAUUAUAAUGUAACUGAUGUUUCCUGAAUUUCUUUGAUUCAAAAAUUUGGGUAUCACAAUAAUAAUGAUAUUUCCAGAAUUUAUUCUUCAAAUCUUUAAAUUGUAGAAUUAUAUUUCUUUACUUUUUUCCUCAAAAUCUUCUUUUGUAUUCACAGCUGCUAUGACAGGUACACUAGGACUUGUGUGGUGCCUAAUUGUCUUACCUGAUAAAGGUGACAUGUUUAAAUGAUUUUAGAAGGACACUGCUAUUCUCAUAGGCAUUUCUUAAAGGUAUAUGAUGUUAAAUUAACGUGGGGGAUAUAUUUAUUAAAAAAAAUAUAUGAAUGAAACAGAUACAAAUCAAUAUGUAAAAAGAAAAAAAUAUUUAGCAAAAAUUGUCCUAAUCAAAAAACCUUUUGGAGCACAAUAUUAAUGCUUUUCUCCUUUUUCAAAUGAAAAAUAAGAAUAAAAAUAAAUUUGAAUGAUAAAAUAAUUAGAUGUCAUUUUUACUGUGUACUCGCUGUUGCCCUUAGCAAUAUCAUAUUAUUACGAACAAGAUAUGAAUCCAGUAGUGUUAUUUAUACAUUUAUCAGUAAAUGAAAUGUAUUCUGAAUAGUUUCUAGACUUGACGAUCAUGAAAAUUAUAACCUCUUUAAUACCAUAUUGAUGUUUUUGGCUUUAGUUGUGGUAAGAAGGUAAUGGAUUGCAAGGAUUAAGACCAUGAAGGAAACCAAAUAACACAAAUUUAAAAGCCACUCUAAGACACAAACACUGAAA